GCAGGUCAAAAAAUAGGACUAACGUAUUCAAAACAAUUUUUCUUUGAUGACGUUAGACUGGAAACUUAAAUGGAAAAGAGAUUAGUUUUUGGACACGCCGCACCAGUGGUUAUAGCUGCUGCCGGGACCGCAGAGUUCCCGCCCGCCCAGCCGGGGCAGGCCGGAGUGAAUAACAAACUCCACCGCAACUUCACUUACUAAAUGUUUUGGUCGUUUUCCGCAUAGACGUAUGUCUAUGGUUUUACGUCUCGUAGAAACAUUUUCUAGCUAAACUGUUCACAUUUCAGUCGAGACAUGACAUCCAAAACACGUGUCAGUGUAAAACGCAGAAGAAAAAGCAGAACCAUGAGAUCAGUUUCUAGUUUUUGCAGGCCUUUCUGACGGCCAUAAAUGGACUCACCCAAUGAUGGAUGCAUCAGGAAGGAGGAAGCCACUGAGUGAACCAGCAAUCUUCGGAUUACAACAUAAAGAACUAGUCUUAAAACAGAAGCAAUCACUCCUAUAGAACGAGAAGACAAGAAGAAGAGAGGACAGAGGCUCAGAGACAGUUGAUCUUCAUUUGACAAAACCAUCAUAACUGUGCUUGUAAAUCCAGGUUUGGUCUCUUGGAGUCUGACAUCCACCAAAGAGAAAUGAGGGGCGUGUUGUCAUGUGGAUUACUGGUCGUCCUUGGCGAUGUGGUUCUGAGCUCGGCGCUGUGGGCUGGACUGCUGCUGCUGGGCUGCUCCGGCUGCUUCGGACUGACGGCAGUGUGGGCCUUUGCAGCAGUGAAGUGGCUCGUUCUCGAUGUUCUCGCCUGUUUACUGACGGAUGGAGAGCCCCCGGCUGUGCUCAGGAGAUUCGUAGCCGCCCUCUGCCUGCUUCCUCCUGCGUUUGAAACUGGCUGCUCUCUGAAGGCGCCCCCCUCGGACCCGUACGCGGGGACACCUCCUGACUUCGGGAUGCUGCUCUGGGGAGCCGUGUCCUCGUCACUGGCCUGUGUAGUUUGGGAGAUGGGUCUCUGUGGGGAUGGGAAGAUGGGGAAAGACAAGAAGAAGGUGGAUGCUAAGCAGUUGUUCUCGAGGGUGCUGACCUACUUUAAACCAGAUACCUUUUACCUGAUCGCAGCUUUUAGUUUCCUGAUCUUGGCCGUAUUCUGUGAUACUUAUAUCCCUCUGUAUCAGGGGAAUGUCAUCGAUAUCCUCAGCGGUCAGGUGCAUCACACCAGCUUCAGCUCUGCUGUCGGGCAGCUCGUGCUUCUUUCUCUUGGAAGCGGGCUGUUUUCGGGCUUGAGAGGAGGCCUUUUCAAGUGCUCGUUGGCCAGACUGAACAAGAGACUGAUGCAUGUGCUGUUCCACAGCUUCCUCCAGCAGGAGGUGCACUUCUUUGAGGAAAAUAACCCAGGACAACUUUCCUCCCGCCUGCACAGCGAUGUUGACCGGAUGGGACGCACCAUAGCGCUGAAUGCUAACGCUGCGGUGCGCAGCACCGUCAAAACCUUCCUGAUGCUGCGAGUGAUGCUGAGCCUGUCCUGGGAGCUGACGCUGCUCACCUGCGUGGAGAUGCCGCUGCAGGCCGCUCUGCAAAGCCAGUACAUCGCUCUGUCCAAGGAGCUGAAGGAGCAGAUCCAGGACUGCCAGGCUCAGAACAAGGACCUGGUCUCCCAGACAGUCGGCGGCAUCCGAACGGUCCGCAGCUUCAGGGCAGAGAGGGAUGAGCUGAGGAGGUAUCAGGGGGCUCUGGACCGGAUGCGAGCCAUCAAGACCCGCGCGGGGGUCUACAGCGCGGCCUUCGGCUUGAUACGGAGGCUGGUGACUCUGUCUAUCAAGAUGAUGAUGCUGAUAGAGGCCCGCAGCCUCAUCUCCUCCGGCCAGCUCAGCGUCGGCACCCUGGUGACGUUUCUCCUGUACCAGAAGCCCAUGUCGGUCAACUUAAGGGAGAUCUUGUACUCUUUUGGAGAUACGUUGUCCACAGUUGGAGUCAUCUCCAAGGUGCUGAGCUACCUGGACAGGACACCCAGGUGGAGGAAGGAAGGACACUUGUGUCCUGAGAAGUUGGAGGGCAGAAUUGUUUUCCAGGACGUCACGUUCAGCUACCCCUCAGCUCUGGACAAACCGGCUCUGAAGAGCGUCUCAGUGGAGCUGCAGCCGGGGAAGGUCACGGCGCUGGUGGGCUCCUCGGGCAGUGGGAAGACUUCCCUGGUCAGCCUCCUGAAGAGGCUGUACGAGCCCCAGGAGGGCCGGAUCCUGCUGGACGGAGAGCCGCUUCACCUCUACCAGCACAAACACCUGCACCAGAAGGUGGCGGUGGUUUCCCAGAACCCUGUGCUGUUUUCUGGUUCCCUGAGGUACAACAUCGGAUAUGGUCUGAAGGACUGCAGCAGUGAGAAGAUGAAGGACGUUGCCAGGAUGAUAGAGGCACACGACUUCAUCUGUGAGAUGGAGGAUGCGUAUGACACGGACGUAGGAGAGGGUGGAGGCAACCUCUCCGAGGGACAGAAGCAGAGCAUCGCCAUCAUGAGAGUGCUGGUCCGCGACCCGCAGGUCAUCAUCCUGGAUGAAGCCACCAGCCAGCUGGAUGUGGUCUCUACGCAUGCCGUCCUGCAGGAUGUUCUGGCUCGCGGCCGGACGGUUCUGAUCGUGGCUCAUCAGCUGAAGACGAUUGAGACGGCGGAUCACAUCGUCGUCAUGGAGAAGGGGUCUGUGGUGGAGGAGGGGACGGACCCCGAGCUCAUGGCAAGGAGAGGAGCCUACUAUCGUUUAAAGAAGCAGCUGUUCUCUGAGAGCAGCUGAGCGAGGCCCGUUUGGGCCUCAGAUGUCUGGAUACGUGGAAGCUGACCAGCAUGAAUGUGUACAUCUGUUGAAUUCACCCUCCUGUUCUCGUCCAUCCGUGAUUAGGUUUUUUGGUGCGUUGCUGUCAUUCUCAGUUAUUAAACUUGUUUUUAAUAAUUUUA